ACUGUGAAAGCACUAACUGUGGUGAGCACUGCAUGUGAACAAUUGUGCAUUCUCAUUGCAGAAAUUGAAGCCAGAGAAGCCUGUGACUGGCUGAGAGCUGCCGGGUUUCCCCAGUAUGCUCAGCUGUUUGAAGAUAUGCAGUUUCCUAUUGAUGUAAAAACUGUAAGGAAAGAUCAUGAAUUUUUAGAUGGAGAUGCGAUUGAAUCACUAUUCAGGCGCUUGAACACACUGAACAAGUGUGCAUCAAUGAAAGUGGAAAUAAGCCGUCAGAGGAAACGGAGUGAUGAUUCUGAAGAUGAUGAGCCUUGUGCAAUAAGUAACAAAUGGGCUUAUGAGAGGUGCAGUCAGAGAUGGUCUCGUAUCGAGAGCCUGGAAGGUUUCCCAGCAGAGGAAGGUGCUAGUGCCUCAGUCCCAGGCAGCCCGAUACUGAAGACCAUCAGCAAUGAGGACAGUGUCUUUCUGGAGAAGCACGAUGUGUCCUCAAUUCACAGUACCAGCAGUGCUGACAGUGACAUUGUUAGCUCCCCAAAACCUUUUGAAGAUGUGGAAACCAGCACGAGUUCCUCAAGACGUUCCUCAAUUAAGGUACCUUCACUGGACUUUGCUUUUAGUAGUUCUCCUCCCCUCAGUGAAUUUUUAAAUAUCACUAGUGAGGUGAAGCUUUUGGAUAAGUCAUCAUCUAAAAAGAGGAAGAGCCUUCUAAAGAAAAUGGAGAAGCUGCACUUAAGGACCUGCAACUUAAGGAGUGAACUGAACAAUGUUAUAGCAGAUGUCAAUGGUAUCAAAAAGCUGGUUGAUCAGUGGACAGAGAAGUUCUCAGAUGAUGGGGAUUCUGAGUUUGCCAGUGACUUGACCUCUGUCUGUCCAUCCUCCCCUAAAGAAAACUCUCUUGAAACAGAGGGCUCAGAAGAUAAGACAGCAGUGGAGACUGAUGGAGAGAGCAGCUGUGGCCUGGGCAAGGAGAUUGGUUCAGAAGACCUAACAUAUAUUGCAGGUUCUAAAAAGACCAACAGGCACAGGAAGAAACACUGGUCUGUGGAAGAGAGUAUGAACUUGGAAAGCCUUUCCAUCCAGACUGAUGGCCAGUCAGCUGCCCAGCUGGCCCGGGCACAAAAGCUGGCGUUGUUGAAACUCACUGCUUUAAUGGACAGAUACUCCCCUUCCAGUCAGCAGGGCUGGAACUGGACUAUACCGAAGUUCGUUAAGAAACCAAAAGCUUCAGACUACAAGGACAAAAAUGUGUUUGGGGUUCCUUUACUUCUGAAUGUACAGCGAACGAGCCACCCACUGCCCAACGGCAUACUGCAAGCCCUGGACUAUCUAAGAAAUCACUUUCUUGACCAGGUUGGCCUGUUCCGAAAAUCCGGUGUUAAAUCCAGAAUUCUGUCUUUAAGAGAAAUGAAUGAAACCAACCCAAACAAUGUCUGUUACGAAGGGCAGUCAGCAUUUGAUGUGGCAGAUAUGGUGAAGCAGUAUUUCCGAGACCUUCCCGAGCCUAUAUUUACCAGCAGGCUCUGUGAAUCCUUCCUCCACAUCUACCAAUACGUGCCGAAGGACCAGCAGUUUCAGGCUGUGCAGGCUGCUAUUCUCCUCCUCCCAAAGGAAAACCGAGAAGCUUUGAAAAUCCUCCUGUUCUUCCUACGAGAUGUGGUUGCUUUCGUCGAGGAAAACCAGAUGACCCCAACCAACAUUGCUGUCUGUCUUGCACCUUCUUUGUUUCACCUGAACACCUUGAGGCGAGACAGUUCAUCCUCCUCCACUAGUCAGAGGAAAUGCAGCUUGGGGAAGCCAGACCAGAGGGAGCUGAAUGAGAACUUGGCAGCAACGCAGGGCUUGGCCCACAUGAUAAUGGAGUGCAACAGGCUCUUCCAGGUAUGUCACUUGCUGUCACAAAGCAAAAGCCUGAGCAGCUUGGGGUAG